CCACGUGUUUAGAGAGGCAGACGCCGAGAGAGGAGACAUAGCUGGGCCGGGGCGCAGCGUCUCCGGCCUCAGCCUGUUUUCUGCACCGCCGAGGCGGCCGCCAAGGAGCCUCAGCCAUCCUCCUGCGUCCCUCUCCUCCCACAGCUUGGGGAAGGAGGCGGCGGCGAGACAGCCCGGCUCAUCCUGCCCCAUGCCGGUGGUUGUUUCCCUGCUACGGCAGAUGUGUUUGGGGUCCUCGCACAGCUGGGAAUAUGGUGAAAUUUCCAGCGCUCACUAACUACUGGCCCCUGAUCCGAUUCUUGGUUCCUUUGGGCAUCACCAAUAUAGCCAUCGACUUCGGGGAGCAGGCCUUGAACAGGGGUAUCGCAGCUGUUAAGGAAGAUGCUGUGGAAAUGCUGGCCAGCUAUGGGCUGGCCUAUUCCCUUAUGAAGUUCUUCACAGGUCCAAUGAGUGACUUCAAGAAUGUGGGUUUGGUGUUUGUGAACAGCAAACGAGACAGGACCAAAGCCGUUUUGUGCAUGGUUGUGGCUGGUGCGGUGGCUGCUGUAUUUCAUACCUUGAUAGCGUAUAGCGAUUUGGGGUAUUACAUUAUUAACAAGCUGCACCAUGUGGAUGAAUCGGUGGGAAGUAAAACUAGACGGGCCUUCCUUUAUCUUGCUGCCUUCCCUUUUAUGGAUGCCAUGGCUUGGACCCAUGCUGGCAUUCUGUUGAAACACAAGCACAGUUUCCUUGUGGGAUGUGCCUCCAUCUCAGAUGUCAUAGCUCAGGUUGUUUUUGUAGCCAUUCUGCUUCACAGUCACUUGGAAUGCAAAGAGCCUCUCCUUAUCCCAAUCUUAUCCUUGUACAUGGGGGCACUGGUCCGAUGUACCACCUUAUGCCUGGGCUACUACAAGAAUAUACAUGACAUUAUUCCUGACAGCAGUGGGCCUGAGAUGGGGGGAGAUGCUACAAUAAGGAAGAUGCUGAGUUUUUGGUGGCCUUUGGCAUUAAUUUUGGCAACUCAGCGAAUCAGUAGACCCAUUGUCAACCUUUUUGUCUCCCGGGACCUGGGCGGCAGCUCUGCCGCCACAGAGGCUGUGGCAAUUCUGACAGCUACAUACCCUGUGGGACACAUGCCGUAUGGCUGGUUGACAGAAAUUAGAGCCGUGUAUCCUGCUUUUGACAAGAAUAACCCCAGCAAUAAACUGGUGAACACCAGCAGCACAGUCACAGCAACGCAUAUCAAGAAAUUCACUUUUGUCUGCAUGGCUCUAUCGUUAACGCUCUGUUUUUUGAUGUUUUGGACUCCGAAUGCAUCAGAGAAGAUUUUAGUUGACAUAAUUGGAGUCGAUUUUGCCUUUGCAGAACUGUGUGUCAUUCCUUUGCGCAUCUUCUCCUUUUUCCCAGUUCCAGUGACAGUUAGAGCACACUUGACUGGCUGGCUCAUGACACUAAAGAAGACAUUUGUAUUGGCACCCAGCUCUGUGCUGCGCAUCAUCGUCCUCAUCACUAGUCUCAUUGUGCUGCCUUACUUAGGGGUCCAUGGAGCCACCCUAGGAGUAGGAUCACUUCUAGCUGGUUUUGUAGGAGAAUCUACCAUGGUUGCAAUAGCAGCUUGCUAUGUCUGUCGGAAACAGAAAAAGAAGCGGAACGAAAAUGAGACAGCGACAGAAGGCGAAGACUCAGUAAUGACUGACAUGCCACAGAUAGAAGAAAUGACAGACAUCGUAGAAAUGAGAGAAGAGAAUGAAUAAUAAACGGGACGUGAUUGUUCUCUGCAGGGACACAUAGAAUGAUACUUCAGCAUCUUUUCUUCUCUCAUACUUUUUUUUGUUUUGUUUUUAUUUUUGUAAUAGAGGCCUUGAUUUAAAAGGCUUCAGAUAAAUUCUCUAGCAUACUGAGUAUGCUCACACUAAUGAGGGACCUAAAGAAAGGUCUUUGCUUUUGCUUGUUCAAUUGAAUUUGUUUUCUCGCUCCAUGCAAACACAAAAGAUAUGGCUGCAUCACAUGAAAGGGCAUUUUCCUCAAUACGCAUCCAUCUUCUUUGGACAAUCUGCAUUUGUCAACCAAAGCCCUGCUGUGUGUCUCUGUGCCAUUGACUCUGCUGCCGUCCUUUCUUCCCUCUUUUUUAAUUGAGAAUUUAAAAAAAAACAAAAAAAAACCAACCUUUGAAAAUGCAGCUUUAUUUUACUCGCUUGACAAUGAUUUUGCUAUCUAAACUAAUGUACCACGGUGGGCCAUUAUGUUUGUUUUCACUCGUCAUUUGGUGUUAUGCUGUAUAUUGUUACAAAACAAGGUAGGAAGGCAUGAGCCCCAGUGAGCAAAUGGUACAUAAAAAUAAUAAAAGGGAUGCGAGAAAUACAGGACAAGAAUGCUAUUUAGCCUUUAUUAAGUUAUCUGAGAUGCAAGAUUUUUCCAAAAUUGUACACAUUUAAUUAAGAAGUUUUAUAGAACGUUGUUGCCAAGUCUUACACAUAGUUUCCUUAUUACCAGUUUCCGUUCUCCUUUCCUGAACAGGGUGCAGCAGUUGGUAGAGUGGUGCAGUUGCAUCUAAGGGUAUAUCUACACUGCAAUAAAACACCCAUGAUUGGUCUAUAUUAGGGCUCCUGGGGUUCGGGCUGUGGAGCUAUAAAAUUUCAGUGUAGAUGUUGGGGCUGGAGCCCAGACUCUGGAACCAAGCCGGAAGAUCUGCAUUGUAAUUUUGUAGCCCCUCAGCCUGACCCCUGCAAGCCCAGUCACCUGACACAGCCAGUCGUGGGUGAUUUAUUGCAAUGUAGACAUACCCAAGAUUCUUUUCUAAGGGAAGAAAAGAAGAAGAAGAAGAAGAAAAGCUUUACCAAAGUUCUGGUUCACUGGUCUGACAUAAGUUCUAUGUAUAAUUAGUUUAUACACUACAGUUUGCUAUACAAUUAUUUCUACAAUCUGUGUUCAAAAACAUACAUAUAACUUAGAGUACACCAUGGUAUAGCCCUUUAAUACAUAUAACCCUAUUAAAUAUACAGAGGUAUUGCUUUAACCUGUUUCCCUAUAAAAGUAAAUCAAAAUCAGUGUGGGAGAAGUUUGAGUGCCUGCCAGGAUGCUGAAGUCCCACAUUAGGGAUCCAAUUCUACAAUUCUUGCUCACACCGAGUAACCCUUGUGAGAAUAGUUCCAUGGGAAUGAGGAGAACUGCUCACCACAUGAGUAAGUGUUGUACAAUGUGAACAAGGUGGGCACUGUUAGGUUUAAGUGAGGCUUAAAUAGCACAGAGGGCCUUCACAUGAGUGAUGUGUAUUAGGAUGAAUUUCAUCCUAUAUGAUACAUCCUUAAAUUAUGGAUUUUAAAUCUUAUUUAGUAAAGUAUAUUUUUGUAAGUUUUAGAAGUGAAUUAUUAUUUAAUUAUGGACAAAUUCAGUUUCUAGAUAACUUACCAGCUAGUCCUUACACUUCAAAGAACUGAUCAACGCUAAAAACUUAUUUUAAAGGCUAUAUCAAUAUGUGUAUAUAUACAUACAUGUGUAUAAAUAUAUAUAUUGUACAUUAUGUGUAAUUUAUUUUAGGCUACAGUACACUUCCUAUUUUUCCAAGUUCAGUAAAAAUGUCUCUGAUACAGUCCGAUGUUUGCUCAUGUAUUGGUUAUACCAGUAGUGAAACGUAUUGUAUCAGUGACCAUUGCAUCUUAUUUGCAACGUUUGUACUGUUUGUUAUAUGUAGUAAGAUAAAAAAUGAAAUUUUGAAUGAGUUGCAAAAAUCAGUCCAUUGCUAUUGAAAAUAGUGCCACAGGACGGGUGAAAUUAAAUCCAUACGGUUUCAAUGCUAUCAGGAGGUUUUUCCCACUAUUCCUUACAGUAGAAGAAAUAAACUCAGACAAAUCAACUUUGUGCUGUAUGAAUACUGUGCACACAUAAAAAUUCAUGAGUACAGACUCUCACAGCCAUCUGUAUAUACCCUGUAUAUAAAUUGAUGUAGACCAUAGUGACCAGUUCAAGGUCUUCUCUAGUGCCAUAGUUUUGCUUUCUCUAGUACAUCUGUGUUCAAAUUUUCAACAUGCAGUUUUUCUGGCAAAAGCAGAGCUAAACUGAGAAAAUAUUUUAUUGUAAUGUUUCUUCUGGUACAUAACUAGAAAUUUAAGCAGCAGUAUUUUUGAAUAUUUGUGAGCGUUAAAUAUUUAUGUAGUUAAAAUUCCACAAAAACCAGAAAGUAAAAAAAAAAUACUAAUAUUUAAAUGCUAAAGCUUUUUGUUUAGCUAGAAGCAUUAGCAUAUGGCAAAUGCCAAAUGCUUGGUGAUACAACUGGAAGUGUUAAGCUAGUGUAGCAGCUAAGAUGAAAUUUCAAUUGUGGAGAAUAAAUGUUUAAUACUCCUUGUAUAUUGAAUCUGUAAAAAUAAUCAGUGAUCAAGGAACAGCAGGGUUUGAGCAAGAUUUCAGAUGUUCUUUUAUAGCACCAGCUGUGGCUAUAGUGUAACAGAUUCUGUUUAAUCCCAUUUCCUGUGUGUUGUGUAUUUCCUUAAAUUGCAUUGUUGCAGUAACAGACAUGUUUCUACACUACAUGGUUUAAAUUAGAACUUCAUGAAACAAUGGGAUAUCUAGUCUGUACUGCAAUGAACAUGUAUUAGUUGUACGCGCAAUUAUAUGAAGUUUAUGAAAAACACACUCUUCUACCACUCUUUUUGGCAUUAAUGGGUAAAAUUUUCAAAAGUCCGUUAGGCACCAAAGUCUCAUUGAAGUCAAUAGUGCUUUAAAUCAUUUCGGCACCUUUGAAAGUUUUACCCGAUACCUUUUCCUUUGUAAAAGGACUUUGCUGAAUUCAAAUAGCCUCCCCUCUGCAUGGUUAUCUCAUUAUUAGUACGCUAUCACUGUGGCAAACAUAAAGUUAUCCCCUUGACGGUUUCACUGUAAAGAACCAGGGUACAAUAUUUUCAUGAGUGAACCUGCAGGGGGAUACUAGCCUUUUCGUGUAUUUGUUGAAAAUUGCUAAAUUAUGGAAAUUAAACUAUAAUACAAGAGGAACAAAACUGAUUUGUAUUCUGCAGCUCAAGUGUAAGACCAAGUGUGAACAUGCAUUACAUGACUGAAAACGAGAUGAGUGCUGAUGACUGAUUUUUUUUUUAGAGGGGCGUGGAUAUUUAAUAUAUACACAGGGUUAUGCUACUUUGAGCCCUUCCUUUACAGACUCUCUGAUACUGAAGGAACAUUUGUUACUGCCCGAAGCAGCUUUCUUAGAUUUACUGAACAAUGGGCUUGAUGGAGAAGGCUCUAGGUUUCCUGGCAAGUACAUAACAGGGCACCAUAUGGUUCCCAGUAAACAGCUCAACUUCUCCUUUUCGUGCACAGAUGUGCAAGGAAAGAUCAGUAAGUUGUCUGCUUGAUAGCUAGAGCUCCACACACAGGGUCAUAGGAUUGGGGGAAUAACAGAGGAUUAUGGGUUUUCUUUUCAGCUUGAGUUAAUUUAUUUUGCUGUCUUAUAAAUAUUUUCCUUUGAGGAACAGAUCUUGCUGUCUGCCUCGGUAUUAUUUUCUGCUUAGUCAUGGCAGCAUCUUACAGACACAGAAGGGGUCUAAAAUAGGCAGCCGGUUGAUGAAUGCCAGGAGUGCAUGAAAAGAAAUGAUUGGUUUUAAGGUUAUUUGUUAAAAUCCAACGUUUUGAAGGGUGGCUUCUGUUGUUUAAACAGUGUGGUGAGAUUGCUUUGAUUUCUGCUGUGUUAGAGAUUUGUGAUCCAGUAUUUAGAAAUGGCCUGUCAUUGGUGAUGGGAGGCAAUUUAAGCUGGCUAGCACUGUUUAGGCCAGAAUGUACUAUUGUAUCAUUGGCUGGCCUUGGCAUUGAUUUGUUCGACAAGAAUCAGCCACCUAUUCUCUCUGCCAUCAAUAGGCUACAAAAUGCUCUAUUCAUUUAAAGGCAUUUUGCAGAGAUUUGGGAAUUAUAAAAUGAAAGUGUCAGUUCUGUGUCCAGUUAAGGGUUGUAUCUUUGUAAUGUGACAGAUUAAACACAGCUGUGGAUUAUCAGGGUUUAAUUAACAGUUUCAUCAGCAAUGGACAGAACCUCACAAAUCCCUUUAUAUAAUUUAUAUUUCUUAUCAAGGUCUGGUUAGUAGAGAUUAUUGAUGCAUGGAUACAAACUACAUGAACACCAUGGUAUUAAUAUUAGAUGGACUUUCAGGCAGUUUUUAAGAAGUGUUCCAAAUGAGUAUAUUGAAUGACUUUCUGACAGAGAAACCAGUCCUGUAGACAGAACCCACCAGGUUGCUAAGCUGAAGGGGAACGAAAAACUGUUUUAUGGGCAUCCAGUCAGAGGCUGACGGGGAGUAAGAACUACAUGAGGUGGACGGCCAAUCAAAGGUUAGAAGGGCGCCCAAGCUGUUCUCUGAGGGUUGCCAUUCUUGCUCUGUGCACAGUAGAGAGGUGCUCGAGGAGGGAAGCUUGAGGGAAAGAAAACCUUGGCCAAAACAACUACUACUUCAGUAUUCACAGUGACUGCAGAACUACUGGCCGCUGCUGACAACUGGGGAUUUUUACUGGAAUUUUUGUUUUAAGAGCAGGGAGAAAAUAUUCUUUAAAGAGGAGAUUGAGCCAUAGCGUUUGGCGAGAGAACAGGCCUGAAGCACUGAGAAGUGCUACUCAGGCAGAAUCAUGCUAGUAUAGCAGUUGCCAUUAAAGCCUUUACAGUUUGCAAGUUAAGAGUUACAUAAUUACCCAGUUGCAAGGAGUUAGCUUUACAUGGUUUAGGGAAUGCCGUGUUAACGUUCAUUAAGGAAAAGGUAAAAAAACUGUAAUGAUUUUAAUAGUGAUUAUUCUACUGAAAAGGAUCAUGGGCAUUUCCCGCAUCCUACGAUUAGCCUAACAUCACAUCUCACACAGCACUAGUGGGAUUUGUCUACCAUUUUUUACAAAUUUUAUUUUGUUUUUAAAAUCCUGCUGUUACCACCACAAAUACAAAUAAAUGAAUGUCACACUUUUGCAAAUCCUCAUUGACAAGAGUUUCCAUUACCCACCACUGUAAAUGUGGGACAAUCCCAAUAUUUUAGGGUCUUACUCGUCUCCUGUCCAUAUGGAAUAGAGGCUCACACAUGUCUUUUGGGAGCUAUGACAUGAUUCAGUCACACAUUGAUGCAGUGUCAUGACGUGAAGAUACAGUCAUCACAACUGGGCCACAGUUACUUUCAUCUCACAAGGCAAACACAAAUACGCUAGGUGACAUCACUACUGUUCUUUCUGUCUAAACUACAACUGAACUGUAUAGAAGAGGGAGGGAAUGGCUGGCUCAGCGAUUGAAUGUAGCUUUCUGAUAGCUUGUGGGUGAGUUUGAGUUUGGAGAGCUGAGUCCAGUUCUCAUUAACUAGGUGCCCAUGACACCAGUUGGCAGUAAUUAGCACCCUCUCCAUAAAAAGGCCAGAGUCUGAAUGGGGCAUGACCAAAGAAUGCUCUCAUUCUACAGAGAUGUCUGAAGAUCAGAGUGGAGGUACGUUGGCAGAGUAGUACAGGGUGAACUGAAGUUUUGUUGGCUGUUGUAUCUCUUCUGUAGUUAAAGAAUGAUAUUCAGUCUCCACUGUGGUCAAGCUCAACAUUUCAUAAUCACCAAGAAAUUCAUGGGCAAAACAUAAGACACAUACUUUUGCUUUCUAUAUGCUUUUACAGUCUUUGAAACCCUUCAGAGAAAAUACUCUUCUCUAGCAAUACAAGACCUUGUUAGAGUAAGUUAUCGGUUUAACUCAAAGUCUUAUAUUUAUUAGUAGCAUCUCACCAACUUCGCUGCUGUUUCUUGUUUAUUAUCUUCAGUUUCUUCCCUUCCCUAUUUUGAAGGCUCCUGUUAAGGAAAGAGGUCCCACAAUGAGAGCCUAAGCCAAGAAAGAAAAUAUAGUCCGUCUGGUGACUAAUGCUUAGUAAUGCAGUGAUUAAAAAGCUUAAAAUAUAAAUAAGUCAAUCCAGAAAAGAACUUACUUUAAUGUGCUGAGUUGGGAAGGAGGACAAAGAAAUAAGUGCAGGGAGAGAGAGUUUUUGAAAAGUGAAUAUUAAUUUUAGAAGUGUUGGUCCAGAUUCAUUACUUUGGGCUGACUGUGUUUUGCUGUUUUAAUGAUGCAAAGCAGCACUACACCUGGUUUACCCAGCAAGUUAAACUUUGCAUCACUAGAUGUACUUUUAAAAGCACAUUUCUGAAAAUGUUUCUUUGUGACACAUGGCAUAACAGCGCAUAGAGAAAAUUGGGGGAAAACUUUGUUUCCACAAGCACUCUUGUCAUUUUCUUUUCCCUUUUCAAUUCCACCCCUCCCCCCCCCCCCACCACACACACUCCACUACUUACAGUGGGGGCGGAAUAAAUCAGGUACCAAAGACAACUAAAAAUAUUAGGUGGUGCCUUAUUUUAUAGUUGGAAUAAUAACCACGUUAGCCACAAGUCAGGAAGCCCAAGAAAGAAAAGGUUGGCAAUUCUUUUGGAAAUAAUAUAACUUUCAAACCAGAAUGAUCCUGUGGGGUGGGGAUUAGAGGUUUGUAUGUAUGAGUAUGAUAGAGAGCGAGCUUGAUACUAGAUCACUAUCAUUGAACUCAAUGUUUUUUCUUCAAGGGCAGUGCUAAUGUAAUUAUGGUGGAGCCUCUGAGUAAGGCUAAAAAGAGGGGUUUUUUUCCUGAGCCAUAGUGAAAUGAUGGAGAGGCUCCCAUUGCUAACUCAUAUUUUCUUAUCAGUUACUGAUUUGUUCAUCUCAUUUGCAGGUAGAUCAAAAAGGUGAUAGUACAAAUGCCUUUUUAUAGGUGGCAUCUGAUUACAUAUUAGGCUGUAUCAACAAGCUUUUUUAUAUAUAAUUAGUCACUGUUUUUAAUAUAGUCAAAAGUGCACUUUGCUUAAACUCAGACUUGAGCUAAGCUUGCUGCAAUAUAUUGUAUAUUACUGUAUAGCAAACGCACAAGACGACUAGGACCCCAGCCUCUAUUUUUAAACGGGGAAGAGUAAAGAAAUCAUAAAAGGUGGGUGGUGUUUUGUAUUCCCACUGCCACUUUACUAAAGUUUUGAUCUGUCAGUUUCCUUGUUGGUGUUCAAUUUUAGAUCAAAUUUAGGGAUUUGCAACCUAAGAUAUUUCCUGCUUGACGACUGGGGCCUGUAGAUGCUGCUCCAAAGACAUGGUGGUGUGGUUUGGGCUGGUGGACUCCCCAGAAUCUGUCCGCUGAAAAGGUUGGGAACUCCCCGCAUAGCAGGACUUGGGGCAGGAAGCUAGUAGUCAUUUUAUAACAAUGCUUGAGUUAAACUUUCUCCUCCCCUGCCUGCUUCAGGCCUUAUACUCCCCUCACCCUGUGCAGUCUGAUUAGAGGUCCUCCUUCAAGCCAGCUCCUCAGGGGAGGAUGUAAGGAAAACCUUGCCUCUUUUAACAAGUGUCUCAGCCUAGCACUUGAGAUUGUGCCUGUCCAUCCCCUCAUACUGCUCUUGUUUCUGGCACAGAACUCAGAGGAGCACCCACAGCCCCAGUAUCUAGAAUCCCAAACUAGGGCUAAAAUUAAACACUAAAAAUCUUCCCCUCCCUCCCCCCCAGUGGGAAUUUAUUUGCGAGUGAUGAGCAGUGCAGCCUAGCAGCUCCCCCAGCUCUUACGGCACUCUUACUAUCUCAGUCAGGAUGUUUCUGGGAGCUCCUAGGGUGUGAAUGCCAAGUGAAGGAGCCAUGCUAUCCUUUGAAAGUGUACAGAAUACCUGUACCUGUACUCCACUGGCCAGUGCAGAAGGACCCUCUCCCUUAUCAUUCCCUUUCAGGGUGUCUAACAGCACUGUGGGCACUAGACAAUGCCAAGCUUUAUGGGCAGGGAACACAAGGGCAGACGUUGCAGCUGCUCCUUUGUCUCUGGACAGGAAGGAAGGAAGCACAUUCCACCCAGUGUCCUAUCACCAUUUCUGAAGCACUAGUGCAAGGCCAGCCACUACCUAGUCCCCCCCUUGAAAUUUAAAAGAAGGGGGGAGGGGAGGGCUAAGGCCUAAAGAGGGAUGUGGAGGGAGAGUGGCACUCAAAUUUCACAACAGGGAACCAGUAUUGACAUGGUCUGUCAGGAUAGGUUCCACAAAAGCACCCUGUGGAAAAUGUCUCAGAACGAUAUCAGUUUCAGUGAAGAGCUUAAGGCAGGUUUGGCCAAAUUUUGUGAUGUCAAGGGUUGCUGCUGUUUAAAAUAGUAAUGGAGAUAGAUUCCCCUGCCUCAUAGGGGUGUUGUGAGGAGAGAUUCACAAGUGGUGGUGUGUUACUUGGAUAUUACCGAGAGCAGCACCACAGCCAUGGCUAUAAAUAAACUAACCUUCUUGUCUUCUAAUUGUGCCUUUGGAUUCUCAAAAAUUGGCUUGUUUUUAGCUUAGUGGCAAGUUCAUCACAGUAAAUAUUUUAAGAACAGGGGUGGCCCCUCAGGGUGUUAUAAUGAACUUCUCACUGAAGAGUGUUGCUAAUGCUGAACACUCCUGAUCACAAAAGCAGGGGGACAGGGGGCAGCUUUUAUACCGUUUCUGUCAGAGCAUCUUUGCAACAUAGGGGUUUUGGCAACAGGCCAUACUUUAGGGGAUGCUACAAUAUGAAUAUGACCCAGUUCAAUUCACUUAACAUAUCUCUAGGGAAAGCUGAAUUUUUUUACAAUUCUGCUGCAUGAUAGAAAGGAGGCUAAAGCUGACAAAACUAGGGAGAUGUGUAUUUCACAUAUCCGGGUGUCACUAGAAGUCUUUCAGGGCCAGAUAAUCUUCAUGCCAAGUACAAAGUGGUAUUUUUAGUGAAUGGGCACCCAUUACUACUUAAACAAGUCAAUUUUCCAAAGACUUCAGGUAUCAAGUCAGAGCACCAUUUGGAAGCAUGGUACAGGGAUCCUAGAAUUUGAAAAAGUUACCUCAUGCAUCAUUUUGUGUCACAUUUGUAGAAAUCCAGGUGAUUUCUUUUAAAACAAAAGAGAUUGGAUUCUAUAAUCUGUACAUAUGCUGUAGCUGUCAGGUUGGUUUUUUAAUAAACACAUACUACUUGUUUUGCUUCAAAUCUGGGGGUUUACUUUAACGUAAACCAAGGUAAAAAUAAGUUUGUACAGCCUUUGAUUAUGAAAUGACUGUUAAAGUAUAUAUUGCAUUAAAAUUGAGUGCUGUUUAUGUAUUUAACAUAGAGAUGUAUGUUUUUGCAUUGUUAAAGAAAUGAUCUAUGCUUUCCUCCUUUUUGGAUUUGUGCUCCAAGAUUGUCAAAUAGCUUUCAUACUCUAAUUUUACUUGGAGUAAAGUUCAAACAAUUUGCUUAUGA